AUGUUUCCAGCUAAAUUUCCAGUCCUCGGCAGUGUACCCGGGCACGGUGACCACACGGCGUGCCUCUGGGACGUCGCGGAAGGCGCCCCCAAGAGGAUUCAGGUGUUCUCCGGCCACACGCGGUCGGUGAAGACGGCCGUGUUCCGCCCCCGCGAGCCCGACGUGUUCGCCACCGGCGCGCGCGACGGCCACGUGCUCGUGUGGGACGCGCGCGCCGCGCCGCAGCCCGCCGUCGUGCUGAAGCCCGACAACUGCCUGCUCAACUGCCACUCGGGCUUCGCCCCCAAGGCGCCCGGCUCCCACUCCAAGCGGCCGCGCCUCGACACGCAGCGCGCCGUCAGCAUCACCGGCCUGGCCUUCCGCGACCGCGACACGCUCGUCUCGUGCGGCGAGUGCGACGGCAACAUCAAGCUGUGGGACCUCAGGAAGAACUACUCGGUCCACCGGCGGGAGCCGCUGCCGAAGCGGUCGAUCCCCUACUGCGGCGGCUCCGCCAAGAACGGGUACACGAACCUGAUCGUCGACGACGCCGGCCUGCGGCUGUACGCGAGCUGCAUGGACGACGUCGUCUACUGCUUCAACGUGUCCGCCCCCGGCCCGCUGCCCGAGCGCCGGUACGUCGGCCACGAGAACGGCACCUUCUACAUCAAGACCGGCCUCAGCCCCGACGGGAACUACCUCGUCAGCGGCAGCAGCGACAAGAACGCCUAUAUAUGGAACGUCAGGUGCUCGGAGCCGGUCGUCAAGCUGGUCGGGCACCGGGCCGAGGUUACGUGCGCCGCGUGGGCCCGCACCCCGGACCUCAAGCUCGUCACGUGCAGCGACGACGCGCGGCACAAGAUCUGGCGCGUGGGGCCCGACCUGCUCGCGGGCCCCGACGCCGCGCGCGGGGGCCCCGACCUCGAGGGCCGCGCCGAGCCCGCGCCCCGCGGCCGCGCGCCGCCGCCGCUGCAGUGGGGCGCGCGCGACUCCACGCCCGGCGCGCGCAAGCGGCCCGCGCCCUCCCCGCCCCCCUCUGCCGCCAAGCGGCACAGGGACCUGGCCGCGGGCGGCCGCAAGACGAAGCGCUGCUUGACCGAUCUGAUGAACGCGGCCAAGGACGACGACCGGGACGGGCCGGCCAAGAGGCCGAGGGGGGAGGCGGCGGCGGGGGAGCCGGCGGCGGAGGAGCCGGGCCCCGCCGGCGACCCUCCGCCGAAGAACUACGAGAAGGUCGCGGGCGAGAAGCUCUCGCCGCGGAGUCCGAAAACCAUCUCGCCGAAACGAUCCCCCCCGUCCCCGUCUCGGGUUCGAGUCGUCGCGUUCGAGACGCCGACUGAGAACUUGCCCGACUUCGUGCGGGACGGCGAAGCUCCCCACCUGAGGCUGAUGUCGCCGGUGAAGAGGAAACGCGGCGCGCCCGACUGGCUCACGCUGAUCGGCCGCGAGAAGAGGGCGCGGGGCGCGGAGGCGACGGCCCCCGGCCCGCGGGAGGCGCCGCGGCCCCUCUCCGGCGCGGAGAGGUCGCCCCGCCCCGCCGGCACUAAAUCCGGAACCCUCUUGAAAUACUUCAAAGUCACCGACGAGUCGGUCGGUGCGAGUGGGACGUAG